GGCAAGCAAAGCAAUAUGGCGAGAUGUGUCGUCGACGUAGGGACGGUGAGGUGUCUAAGUGAAAGAAUGGUAAAGAUGCAGAGAGAGUCGCGAAAUGGGUUGAUAAUGAUGUAGUGGAUCGUCGAGAGUGCGGUGAACAUUUAACAAGUGUAAAUAGAAUCCAACCCGUUCGUCCCGGUAUUCCGUGCCCUGUAAAAAAAGGUGCUGCUAAAACAUGUCUUCUACGGAUAAAAUAAAGGUCGCCGUUCGGGUUCGCCCGUUCAAUCGCCGAGAAAUCGAACUGGGAACCCAGUGCGUCGUCGAGAUGACGAAGGACCAGACGAUCCUUCAACAUCCAACCUCAUUGCAGGAUAAAAUCGACCGGAACAAACCGAAAACUUUUGCUUUUGAUCACUGUUUCUUCUCGCUGGAACCAGGCUCUGAUCUUUUUGCUAGUCAAGAAGUCGUUUUCAAUGCGUUGGGUCGGGACAUCCUUGACAACGCAUUCCAGGGCUACAACGCGUGCAUUUUUGCAUAUGGACAAACUGGUUCUGGGAAAUCUUACACAAUGAUGGGUAGCGGGGACAACAAGGGUAUUAUUCCCAGGCUGUGCGACAAUCUUUUCGACAUGAUUGCGAAACAACAAAGUUCCGAACUGAGUUACAAAGUUGAAGUUUCUUACAUGGAAAUAUAUAACGAAAAAGUGCACGACUUGUUGGACCCGAAACAAAAUAAACAGUCGCUCAAAGUCAGGGAACACAACGUUUUAGGACCGUACGUCGAUGGGUUGAGUCAACUCGCCGUUACAGCCUUUCAGGACAUAGAUAAUCUAAUGGCGGAAGGAAAUAAAUCUCGAACAGUAGCAGCGACGAAUAUGAACUCCGAAAGUUCUCGCUCGCAUGCGGUAUUCUCUGUAAUACUAACGCAGACUCUUACCGACAGCAAGAGCGGAGUCAGUGGGGAAAAAGUUUCUCGCAUGUCGCUUGUAGACCUGGCGGGCAGUGAAAGAGCUGUCAAAACUGGUGCCGUAGGCGAUAGGCUUAAGGAAGGAAGCAAUAUUAACAAGUCACUAACCACACUAGGCCUAGUAAUAUCAAAACUAGCUGAUCAGAGCUCGAGCAGCAAGAAUAAGGACAAGUUUGUACCUUACAGAGACUCGGUACUUACAUGGCUACUUAAGGACAAUCUUGGAGGAAAUAGCAAGACUGUGAUGGUCGCGACAAUCUCACCUGCAGCUGACAACUACGAGGAGACAUUGUCAACCCUGAGAUACGCGGAUAGGGCUAAGAAAAUAGUGAACCAUGCUGUUGUCAAUGAGGAUCCGAACGCCAGAAUAAUAAGGGAACUUAGACAGGAGGUUGAAGCACUGAAGGAAAUGCUGCUGCACGCCACGGGUCACGGAUCCGUCGUUGGUCAGCAGCGUACCGAUAUAACUGAAAAAUUAUCCGAGUCGGAGCGUCUGAUGAAGGCGAUGUCCCAGACGUGGGAAGAGAAGUUGGUGAAGACUGAAAAACUACAGCACGAAAGGCAGCAGGCUCUUGAAAAAAUGGGAAUCAGUGUACAGGCAUCGGGGAUUCAAGUUGAGAAGAGCAAAUAUUACUUAGUAAACCUCAACGCUGAUCCCAGCUUGAACGAGUUGCUGGUUUACUAUCUCAAGGAACGGACAUUAGUCGGCGGUAGAUCGGCAGCAACACCUCAGGACAUUCAACUUCACGGAUUGGGAAUUCAGCCUGAACACUGUGUCAUAACUAUCGAAGAGUCAGGACUUCACAUGACCCCGUUGACCGGGGCUAGAUGUUUCAUAAAUGGCAGUCAGGUUACCGAUAGAACCCCGUUACAUCAUGGCGAUAGAAUUGUCUGGGGAAAUCAUCAUUUCUUCAGAGUAAACUGUCCCAGAAGCGCUACAGCUGUUAGCAGUGAGCCUCAAACACCGGCGCAGACCAUAGACUAUAAUUUUGCCAGAGAAGAACUUAUGCUGAAUGAAUUGUCAAACGAUCCGAUCCAAACCGCGAUUGCCAGACUUGAAAAACAGCAUGAAGAAGAUAAGCAGGUCGCUCUGGAGAAGCAGCGGCAAGAAUACGAGCGACAAUUCCAACAGCUGCGUAACAUUUUGUCACCAUCAACACCAUAUUCGCCUUAUGUUCCCUACGAUCCGCUACGUGGAAGUCAAGGCGGCAAGUUGCCAGCCUGCACUCCAACAACGCAGAUGCGGGUUGAAAAAUGGGCUCAGGAACGUGAUGAAAUGUUCAAGCGCAGUCUCGGCCAGUUGAAGGCUGACAUCCUGAGAGCAAACUCUUUGGUACAAGAGGCAAACUUCUUGGCCGAAGAAAUGGACAAGCAAACCAAGUUCAGCGUCACCCUGCAGAUACCCCCGAAUAAUUUAAGCCCCAACAGAAGGAGUGUAUUCUUUCAGCGGGGGGCAUUUGUCAGCGAGCCGGCAAUACUGGUGAAGCGAAUGAAUAUGGGGAGUCAAGUUUGGUCGAUGGAGAAGCUGGAGAACAAACUUGUGGAUAUGCGUGACAUGUACGAAGAUAGGAAAGACUCGUAUAAUAAUCAGCGACUGCCGAUCAUUAAGGAUGAACUGCCGGGUAAAACUCAAGACCCGUUUUACGAGUCCCAGGAGAAUCACAAUCUUAUUGGAGUAGCGAAUAUAUUCUUGGAGGUUCUCUUCCACGACGUGAGGCUCGAUUAUCACACACCAAUCAUCAGUCAGCAGGGUGAAGUCGCCGGUCGACUUCAGGUCGAGAUCAGUCGAACGUCCGGACAGUUUCCUCAAGAUCGAAUUUGCGAGGCAGCUUCAGACGCUUCGUCCGGCGACUCGGCGUCUUCCGAGCAGGAGGACUAUUCAGAAUCGAGUCACAUCACGUGCAGAAUAACUAUCAAACAAGCCAGUGGCCUGCCGCUAUCCCUCAGCCAUUUUGUAUUCUGUCAGUACAUUUUUUGGGGACAUCCUGAGCCCAUCGUCGUCCCGCCCGUCGUCAACCCCGAAUUACCGGCUACUCAUUUAGUUCCCGGGCAGAGAGACUCCCUCGCCUUCAAAUUUGAACACACCAAAGACUUCACAAUUCCCAUCACUGACGAGUUUCUGGAACACUGUUCGGAAGGAGCUUUAAGCAUAGAAGUAUGGGGUCACAGAAGCACCGGGUUCUCACGAAGUAGGCCAGGCUGGGAAGUGGAGCAGCAACAGUUGGCUAAGGCAAGAUCGCUAGCCGAUCGGUGGGCGGAAUUGACUAGGAAGAUUGAGCUCUGGGUUGAGAUCCAGGAGCUGAAUGAACAGGGAGAAUACACGCCAAUCGAAGUCGUCAGCAAGCCUGACAUGCUGACAGGCGGUGUUUACCAACUCCGGCAAGGACAGCAGCGGCGAAUUCAAGUCCGCGUAAAACCGGUUCAGAACUCUGGUACACUGCCGAUUAUUUGUCAAUCGAUUUUAAACGUCGCUGUCGGCUCCGUUUCGGUCAGAAAUCGUCUUCAAAAACCUUUGGACAGCUAUCAGGAGGAAGAUCUCAGCGUUCUCAGGGAAAAGUGGAGCGAGGCCUUGAUGCGGCGGAGGCAGUAUUUGGAUCAGCACAUCACGAAGCUUAUUGAUAAGCAAGAUAAGACAGAACAAGACAUUGAGAGAGAACAGAGUCUUCUCGAUCAGUGGGUCAGUCUCACAGAAGAACGGAACGCGGUCCUCGUUCCGACUCCUGGAUCAGGAAUUCCUGGUGCGCCCGCUGACUGGACCCCUCCACCGGGCAUGGAGCCACACAUUCCUGUACUCUUCCUCGAUCUAAAUGCCGAUGAUCUCUCGACGCAUCAAUCAGGAGAAGAAGUCUCCGUUACAGGAUUGAACUCUAUACUGCCAAAAGAGCAUGGGAACAAGUUUUACAAUCUGCCAAUUAUACGACAUCUGGAAAAAGAUGUGUGCGCUAUAGCCGCCUGGGACUCCAGCAUACACGAUAGCGUCAACUUGAAUCGAGUCACCGAAGCCAACGAAAGAGUUUACCUGAUCCUGAAGACAACUGUUCGUCUGUCACACCCGGCGCCUAUGGAUUUGGUGCUACGAAAGCGACUAGCGCUAAACAUCUACAAACGGCAAAGUAUCACAGACAGAUUUUUCAAACGGAUAGUUCGAACAGACUGGUUAUCACAAAGCGGUGUGACUUAUGAAGUCGUAUCGAACAUACCAAAAGCCAGUGAAGAACUUGAGGAUCGUGAAAGCCUUGCUCAAAUUGCAGCAAGUGGAGAGGACAGCAAUUUGUCUGAUGGUGAAACUUACAUCGAAAAAUACACGCGAGGUGUUUCCGCCGUUGAGAGCAUAUUAACCUUGGAUCGCUUGAGGCAGAGCGUUGCGGUCAAGGAACUCCUUCAGGCACAGGGACAGCCUUUGAUGCGCAAAACAGCAAGCGUACCAAACUUCUCCCAGGUACUACAGCCCCUUCGACGUCUCAGACUCACCAUCAUGAGAUUUGAUACAUCGAUGGAUUCACUGGUGAACGUUACUCGUUCGGAGAGUGUAACAGACCUAAAUUCUGAACUAAACGGGCUGCCUUAUCCACGGAGGCCGUCAACGGGUCACAUCAGAAAUGACGACAGUAAUUUCUUACCUACACCGCCGAAGCCAUAUGGACUUGGCUCCAUUCUGAACUCAGCGAGACCAACAUUCCUGAAUUUGAACCUGAAUCUCAACUCACUGACACGUCUGCAACAGUCCACCUCCGCCAAGUCAUCUCCGAACAUCGUCGCAGGAAAACUCGGCCUCAGAAUGACUACGCUUCACGAGGAAACGUCGAAUGCUGCUAACCAGCCGGCUACUCCUACUCCGAUUUACUCCCCGUCACGAGAAGAUGAUGCUGACAAGAGCGACACCGGUUACUCAGAAUACGAGGCAUACCAACCAUCGUCCAAGCCAAUGAAACCAUUAACAGCAUCGCGGACGUUGGAUUCUCUUGUCGAGCUUCAGUCAGCAAAGAUAAACACGCCAAGUAUGAGCAGCAGUGGAUACGGUUCCCAAGCAGUUUCAUCGACAAAUUUAACAUCAGAGGAUUCAAUAUCCAUAAAAUCAAUCAGCGUCGAUGAGACUCCAGAUUUGGAAUACCGUAACCUCCUGGAUCACAAACGGACAGACAAGAUGGACAGCUCUUUGGUCGAGGAGACACCUGAGGAGCAUUUAGAAGACCUGAAUUCAACACUCGGUGACAUCAGCAUUAGCCAAAACGAUGACGGCCAUGCGAUAGAAGUGACAAGGGGUUGCUUGGACCAAAAUCAAGACACCUACAUGGAAGAUGCGAAUGAAAACGUUGUUGAACUUGAAAGGGACAACAAUGACAACACAAUGAACAAAGCCAACACCGAACAGAGCAGUGAAACUAUGGCGAAUCAGGAACAAGAAGACAAAAACAACAGCGACAAGAAAAUUGAAAUCGAAGUCAGCCAUGCUUCAAACUCCGACGAAGACAGUCCCGCUGAUGGAACCUCAGUUGUCCGCUCAAAAUUAACUCCUGGCAAAGUUGUCAGAAGGAGAAAAACUUCCGGCGGUGGUACAAGGCCUACUAGUUAUCAGCAUCGAGCAUCGUUUCCAAUGGUCCGUCCCCAGUUAUCAGAAAGCAAGGCGGCUGCUCGUUUGGAACAGUCUUUACAGCCUGGAAUGCCUUACGAAAAUGGGGACAACAGUUCUUCGGAAAGAAUCGACGUAGAUGAUACAAGUGACAAAAGUUCAGCGUUUGGGUCCCGGCCUGAUUUGACGAGAAUCGAGACUCCGCUGCCCGAUUGGGUAAUAAUUGGCGAAUCGGUUUUGGUGCGCCCCUACAGUUCCUCCGGUGUCAUAGCAUAUGUUGGCGCCACGGAGUUUGCCUCUGGAAACUGGAUCGGUGUUGAAUUGGAUGCUCCGACAGGGAAAAAUGACGGCACUGUACAAGGCCACAGGUAUUUCACGUGCCGACCUAAAUAUGGAAUAUUCGUUAAAGUUGACAAGCUGAUUCAGGACAGGCGAGGCAGGGCUUUGCGGUCCUACACCAAACAGGAAACAACUCCGCCACCAAGUGCGUCAAUGCGUAGGAGCGCCAGCAGAGGAGAAGGUCUCCACUCGUUACAUCGAAGUCGGAGUCGAGGAGAAGGUCUUUCAACAGUUGGCAUGAGAUCCUCACCACGAAACAAAUGAAAUAAAUUUAAAUAAAAUAUAUUGCUGCGUCACCGAAGGAUAAAUAUACAAUCUAAUAUGAUAACAAAGCCAACUCGCUCCGUCAUAUACCAAUUAAUAUUCAAGAACUUGAACUUAAUUUAAUUAUGUAUACGUGAACUAGUAUAUAUCGCUACAUAUGUAUGUAUGUACAAUGCCCUGCCACACGUGUAGCAAUUACGGUGUUUCCAACCCCGUAUGAUGAAUAGAUUUAUUUGAGGUAGUGCAAAAGUAUCGUAGUAAUAAUAAUGAUAAUAAGAGAAAUAAUAAUAAAUGAAUCAUCAUUUUUGUUAUUAUUACUACUUAUUAUUAUACUUAUUGAUCAUCGACGCAGUAUGUGAGACAGGAGGAAACGAAAUAAACAAAAGUGGCAGGAGCGAGACGGAAAUAACUGUCGAGAGAUACCAAUGAUCGAGGUGUAUAUAUAUAUAUGUUACACAAAUACAUACACACAACAGAUUA